CCCACUAUUGUCACACCCUGCAAUCCACAUUGCACUUUGCAACCACAUCAUUGAUAUUUCAUACCAUGGGAGAGGCUCCAGAAAUGUUGUAUGUUAAUGGGUUCUCAAAGUUUGUGUUUUUUUUGAAAAAGCAGUUGUCAAAGUUUGUUCUUGAAACUGAGAAAACAAAUCAUGGCAACAACGUUGAUGAUUCUUCCACUUGGUACGAGGAAGUCAUCGAUGAUGAUCUCAAAUGGUCUUUUAAACUCAACAGUGUGCUUCAUAAAGCGAUUAGUGAAUACCAGGACAUUGCUCUCUUAGAUACAAAGCGUUUUGGAAAGGCCUUGGUGCUUGACGGGAAGAUGCAGAGUGCUGAAGCAGAUGAAUUCAUUUAUCAUGAAUGCUUGAUCCAUCCCUCUCUUUUAUGUCAUCCCAACCCCAAGACAGUGUUUAUAAUGGGAGGUGGUGAAGGUUCUGCAGCUAGAGAAGCCCUCAAGCACAAGUCAAUGGACAAAGUUGUUAUGUGUGAUAUUGACAAGGAGGUGGUAGAUUUCUGUCGAAAAUACUUGGUUGCAAAUAGGGACGCAUUUGCUAACAAGAAGCUCGACCUUGUCAUCAAUGAUGCCAAGGUUGAGCUAGAGAAGAGAAAGGAGAAAUUUGAUAUCAUUGUUGGAGAUUUGGCUGACCCACUUGAAGAUGGGCCUUGCUAUCAACUCUACACAAAGUCCUUUUAUGAGAAAGUAGUGAAGCCCAAACUAAAUAAGAAUGGUAUUUUUGUGACCCAGGCUGGACCAACGGGUAUCUUCACACACAAAGAGGUCUUCACUACUAUACAUAACACCAUAAAACAGGUGUUCAAAUAUGUUGUGGCAUACACGACUUAUAUACCAUCAUUUGCUGAUUCAUGGGGAUGGGUUAUGGCUUCAGACCAACCAAUAUUGAUUGAUGCUAUGGAAAUGGACAAAAGAAUCGAAAGAAGAAUAGAUGGGAAAUUGUUGUAUCUAGAUGGUGCUUGGUUCCAUUCAUCUACAAUCAUGAACAAGACCGUGUCCAAAUCGCUCCAAAAUGAAACUAAUGUGUACACUGAAGAAAAUGCUAGAUUUAUUCCAGGACAUGGUGUGGCUUCUUAUCGUCUCUAAAGGAAGGGAAAUUCUUGCAUGCUCUCACCUCAAAAGUAUUGCGCAAUAUUUAUAUAAUCCUAUAAGGUUAAUCAAUAGGGCAAUUCAAUUCUUGUAAUACAGGCAUGUUUUUAGAGUGUGUAAGAAUUUUCUGUACAGUUAAUAAUAAGUAUGAGAAACAUAGCUAGCUAGAACAAAUAAUUUUAUAAAUAAUUGUUUCAUCAUUUAUAAUGUUUAGGUUGAAUUUUUAUCUCAUAUAUGAAAGACAUAUUUAUGAGAUGGAUCUUCCUUCUCUAGUGUUUGUAUAA